UUACCAAGGUUAUCCGAAAAGAAAACAGGAAUUAUUUUUUUCUGAAUAAGAAAAGUUUUAAUAUGAUUAAACGCUAUGAUCUGAAUAACCAGACGAGGCUUUCAAUUUUGGCAAUUUUCCCAACUAGAUCUAUAUGUCACAUUUUCAGAUCAAUAUUUGUCAAAAUGUUAACAAAGUGGUGAUGUUAUGAUGAUUUUAACAAGCAGGAAGUGUCUCCUUGUUUUGGUUGUGUUGACAGGUUGUCUUAACAUUUGCGACACACAAGACACAGAUUCUUGCACCAAUAGAAAAGUGAUCCAGUUACGAAAUGGAUACGGCCAUAUUGAAAGUGGAAACACAAAACUACAUAUUUCUUCAGACUGCCAGCUGUGGAGCAUUCAGGGAGAUUUAAAUGAUACCAUUACAGUUAGGAUAUCUUUUGCUCACUUUGAUAAGACAGCAUGUUCUGCUGGCGCAAACCUGAUUCUAGGACCAUUGCCAUACCUGGACAUUUGUGCCCUUCAUACACAACACUUCCCGGUGAUGUACCGCUCAAAGAGGGACCAUAUGUGGAUAAAAUAUGUAGCUUCAUGGGGGCCACUUGAAGGAUCAGAUUUUGCGCUGGAAUAUGUUAUGAGUUCGAGCAAAAGUUGCAAUUUUAAAUGCAUACUAGAUGGGGGGUGUAUACUAGAGGAAUGGCAGUGCAAUGGUGAACAAGAAUGUCCUUAUGGUGAAGACGAAUAUGCGUGUAAUGAUAAUACAGAAGUGGAUGAGCCACCACAUGCAGUAACCAGUCCAAAUGCAAUUAUUCGGCACCCUCAAACAACCUUAACACUGUCCGGGGACAGAAGUACGGAUGAUCAUGGAAUUGUUACAUAUACAUGGACGAAAUCAAGUACAGAUAGGCUCUCAUGUGAUAUGAUUGGUGUACAUACUUCAGUGUUACAACUAAGCAAUCUAGAGGUUGGAGAGUACACUUUCACUUUAACUGUUACAGAUAAACUAGGACAGACGUCCUCAUCAGAUGUACAUGUUUUAGUAAAACCAGCAUCCUAUCAAAAGGAACUGAGGACAACAGCACUAUCAUCAAGGCCAACAACAGCACCCAAGCCAACAUGUUUCCGUUGUUAUAUUAAGUUUUAUGGCCAAUACGGCUGUCUUCCUAGUAAACUCCUCUGUGAUGGAAUUAUACAUUGUGGAGAUGGCAUGGAUGAAGACCGCAACAUUUGUGAGAAGUAUAGGCCAACAACCAGGAAACCUGAAUCAACAACCUGUGCCUAUCAUGAGAUUUAUUGUGUUGUGAUUGAGUACAAUCAAUUGAGGUGUCUUCACAAUAUGUUUAAAUGUGAUGGCAAAACCGACUGUGUUGGCGGUGAAGAUGAAAACCCUGUCAUGUGUGGGAAUAGUGUAUGUAACAAGCGUUUAGAAGAUUCAGUUGGUUGGUUUGCAUCACCAAGUUUUCCUCGGCAAUAUCCACAACAUUCAAGUUGUUCCUGGGUUAUACACAAACAGGCUUCAGCAGUAAGCUCAACAAUACAGCUAAGGAGAGUGUCAUUUUCCCUAGAGCCUGAACGAAACACAGACUAUAUCAAAAUUUAUGACGGGCCAGACAGCACUUAUAAGCUGAUCGGAACUUACUAUGGGCGCAGUCCACCACCAGAUGUAAUAGAGAGCUCCUCAAAUUGGCUAAAUGUUGUCUUCAUAAGUGACUACUUCGGAGAAUAUGGAGGAUUCAAUUUUACAUAUCAAAUUAAAGGUGAAUGUUUGCCGUCUCAGAAUCCAUGUGAGGGAGAAUAUGAUUGUUACGAUGCACUACAUGAGCGGUGUAAUGGAAUAUGGAAUUGUCCAUUGAAAGGUUCUGACGAAAUAGGAUGCGGUAACUGCAAAGGUGACUAUACAUGUGGACUACAGACCAGUCAGUGCUACCAUCCUACCGAGAGAUGUAACGGUCUUGCAAGAUGUUCUAAUAGCUUUGAUGAAAUUAAUUGUACAUCAGAGUUGUGUGGAACUCACAAUGGAACGUUUCUGUGUGACAACAAACGUUGUAUCUACGAGUCCUGGACAUGUGAUGAGAGAGAUGAUUGCGGAGACAACAGUGAUGAACAGUUUUGUACAGGAACAACAAAAAGAGUUAUUAUUGCAGCAAUUUGUGGCUCCAUGAUUUGUGCGCUAUUGCUUGUUAUCUUACUGGGCUGUUCAUGCAAGUUGUACUCUCUCCGAACCAUGGAUCACCAUUAUGUGUACCUAGACCCAAGACACGAGACCACGAUGAGCCACCUGUAUGCAGAGUUUCUGAGACGACGUGCUCCACCGCCAUAUCAUGAAGCCAUGCUUACAUCUAGAAAUUUUGAUGAAGUACAACAAGAAUAUUUAGAACGAAUGAGAGGUUCUCGACGAAACCAUAGAGGACGUGGAAAUAGAAGGAGAUCGCGAAAUCAACAAACUCAGUCACAAACAGAUAAUGGUGACAUGGUUGAAAACCAGUCAAAUGUAAAUGAUGAGAAUAAUGAAAAUACACAUGAAGGGGUCAGUGGCAUGCAACUGUGUACAAUAAAUGAAGAGAAUGAAAACGAAAACCAUGUAAAUUCUGGGAGGACUUCGUCCACUGCUGAACUCCUACCGUCGGAUAGUGAAUCAGACUUAGAUUCAGAUGAAAGUGAGACUGACCUUGCUGAGCAAGGUGAAGGUUAUUCUGAAGGUGAAAACGGAAACAACAACAGAAAUGUAAGCAGGGGUGAUCAUGAUGAUGAUGAUGUUGAAAAUAUAUUAGCAUCUACCAGUCUUUCAGCACAGUGGAUGAGGAGUGCAGAUAGCGAGGACUCAUCUGAUGAUGUAUGUAUCCUUGGAAACAGCUCACCAGAAAAUGUGGAGACCUCUGACACAAUAAACUCUAGAGGUCAAGGUCAUGGUGAUAAUGCAAGUAUUGAUACUGAGGCAACUGCCUCUAUUGCUAGCAUUGAACAUCAAGAAAUUCACAAUACUGAAAACCUGUUCAAGGAUAGUGAAAAUGAGUCUGAUACAGAUGACGAUGCACUGGAAAAUUCCAGAAAUUCCACGCCAAAACCAGACAGUAAUCAUGGAAACGCUGUGAUAUCGGAUACAAAUGGUGACCUAAUUAGGCGAGCUAACUCACAAGGUUCUCUAAGUUCUGAAGGAUCUGAAACUUACAGUGAGAAUGAUGUGCCUUUACUUCCAAUGAAUUCAGUUGUAUCUCAACACUUCUAACAUUCCCACCAGAUAAAAUAUCUUUACAGCUGUUGAAGCAAAAUACCUCCAGAUGCACGUCAAAUUGCAAAUUGAGAUAUUAAAGGAGUUGUUUAUAAAUAAUUACAGAUAGAAGGUGAAAGCUGUGUGAUUUAGUAUACUGUAAAAUCAUAUAAUUUCAUUGGCAUGAAAUUUCGUGGUUUUGGUCAAAACGGCAAUUUCGUGGGGAUAUGAAUUCGUGGAUUUCAUUUUUUAAACAUAAAAUGCAUGGGAAUUUUACAUGUUAGUUGGGAUUAAAUUUCGUGGAUUGAUUCAACCAUGAAAUCCACAAAAAUUAGUCCCCCACGAAUAUUAAUGAUUUCACAGUAUGUUUUAUAAAGCUUAUUAGAAAGACUUAUUUAGGCACUAAAAUGGGUAGAAAAUCAUUUUGCACCAUCAGUUAAUGGGUUUUAUGGUUAGAUGAAAUUAGACAAUUGCAGCUUACAGUUCCCGCAAAUCCCUAUAAUCAUGAAAAUAUACCAAUUUGAAUAAUAUUCUUUUGUGACACUUUGAUAUUUUAACUUAAAUCUGGAGGUAUCCUGCUUUAAAACAUAUGUGUAUGACAUAUGUCCAUUUCAAUGCCACAAUGUUACUAUUCUGUUAGCAAGGGGAAUCAUUGUCAAAAUUUUCAUUAAAUGUUCAGUUGUGUAGAUGUAUGCUAUAUUUUUGUUGCCACUGUCUGAUUACUUAUAGUAAGGUCUUUAUGUGGCAAAAUAAAAAAUGUCUGCUUUUAUGUAAGUUGGGUUGGAGGUUUUAAUCAUAGUUUGCUGUUUGAUCUGAUCUUGUAAAGAUUGCUGUCCAUUACAAUUUUAAAAUUUUAGGUGAUACAAACAGCACUUUAUCUUAUAUUAAAUUGUAGGAAUUCUUUCUACAAAGCUGACAAUUAAGUAUUUUAAAAGUGUUCUUACAAAUUGUUUAUGAAAAAAAAAGAGAGUGAUAUAUCACAAUGGACAGAUUUUGUAGUAGAUUUCAUCAGACUGUUGCGGAUUAACCGUAUCUUGUAAUGUUAUUUUUUAUAACAAUGACAUUGAGACACAAAACUGAUUGCUAAACCAGAGAACACUUAGGCCAACUAUCGUCAAACUUUACCUUUGUAGUUAAUGUGGUCAGUGGAUGACUUUUGGAGGUAAGCAUGUAAAAGUUCAUGAUCACAGUGACCUUGAGAUUGAAAAAUUCUUCUGACUAAUCUCAAACAAUGCUUACAGCUGCGAAUGCUCAUUGAUGAUCAGUUGGCAGUUUUAGAGUCAUUAGGUCAAAGCUCAGCGUCAUAGGAAUUUAGUCAACAAUAAAUAAAUUUUCAGUUAAUAAGAUGUGUAUGAGUUUUGAUUUUGCAUAAGUUGGUAAAUUUCAUUGUGACACAAUAUAAGCAUGCUUUUGUAUGUGCUUUGUAGUAGGCAUAUGUUACAGAUUAUCACCGUUUACGCUUUUUAGAGGGGCAGAUGUUAUUUUAACCAGAUUUUUUUAAGGUAUACUAUAGCUUCAUCAAUUGAAGCUUACUUCAUUUUUCUUUGCAAGUUUGCUUUACAAUUGGAUCUGCCGAAUCUGUAACUGGGAUUUUCUUAAUAUGCACAAUCCAGAUAUCAGUUGUAUGUCAUUCUAAAGCUCUCCAGAUUGGUAAAAAGACGUUUUGAAACUGAAAACAUAUUUUCAAUAAAGUAGUUUAAGGCCAAAAUUUCUUCCCUUUGUAAAAUUCUGGCACUAGAGUUUAAAAGUGCACAAAACUUUUACAGAGAAUUGUUGCUUCAAUAUUAUUAAGAUAUUUAGAAAACUUUAUAACAAUCCACCAACUAUUAAAGCCAAAAUUAUAAAUGUUUUGGCAUCCAAAAUGACUAAAAAGUAAAUGGAAAAUACCCUUUAAAAUUGAUUUUUUGAUGAUAAAUAUAAAAUUAUCCGAAAUACUUUAUAAAUUCGUAAAAAUUCCUAUUGUUAGUCUCGGAGUUCUUAAGACUGCUAUAAUUUUAUAUUUUAAGAAAAAUCUUAUAACAGAAAAGGUGGAUCAGACAUUAGAGCUGAAAUGUAAGAGAAAUUACAUGCUAACUAGGUCAUUUUGAUGUGAAUAUGAAUGGUUUGACUUUAAUUUGGAAGAAUUUUCUGUAGUUAUCUCAUAGUUUCUUUACAAUUUAUUUUUCUUACAGAACAAUUUGCCAUAUCAUAAUUAUAUGUUUUAUAUUUUUUGUUUCUGAACAGACUUUUUAUGUUCAUUUAGUUUUGCUUCUGUAUAAGUGAGAAAUUAUGCUAUAUUUUUAUUAUGUAAUAUGUUAUAUCUAUUUAGUUGUUACUUAAAUCAGAGGACUCUGUUUCUGUUAAAAGCAGUGCUUUUAUAUCAGAUUCAUUUACCCAGAGUGAAAUAGUUUUCUUAGUUUUAUCUGUUAAAUUGCCCACCUUUACAUUUUAUCAUUUUAAUAAUGUAUGUUGGGUGAUUUUUGAGUCAUUUUUAUUUCGCAGUUUCAUAGACAACAGGCAUUUUUGGCAUUUUUAAGAAUUCAUGCUUCAUAGUUAGAAUUGCGUUUUAGCUCGAGUUUUCGAAGAAAAGUAGAUCUGUUGCACUCGCCCCGGCGUUGGUUUCGAUAAAGUCAAAUAUCUCUGGUACUGUCAAAGCUAUUGACUUGAAACUUUAAAUUUUUUGUUUGUAUCAAAGUCUACACCAGGAGAAUAAUCUGAAUUUAUAAUAGGAUGUUUUGUGAGUUUCUACUCAUUAGAAAUGUGUCAUCCUUUACAACUGCAGCCUGACUUUCUUUUUCAUUUCAUUUAAUAGCAUAAUUGAGCCGUGCCAUGAGAAAACCAACAUAAUGGGUUUGCGACCAGCAUGGAUCCAGACCAGCCUGCGCAUCCGCGCAGUCUGGUCAGGAUCCAUGCUGUUCGCUUUUAAAGCCUACUGCAGUUAGAGAAACCAUUAGCGAACAGCAUGGAUCCUGACCAGACUGCGCGGAUGCGCAGGCUGGUCUGGAUCCAUGCUGGUCACAAACCCACUAUGUUGAUUUUCUCAUAGCACGGCUCAUAUAAUGCAUGAGUAGUUUAUCAUUGCAAAGCGGGUUGAUUACCAUGUUUAUUGGUAUAUUUCAUACUUGGAUAAUUGCUAUAAUUUUGAACUUGUCAUGUUGAAUGUCAGUUGAGAACUGAUUGAAAAUCUUGCGGUAAAAUUCACAUCUUAACAAGUCAAGUAAUUCAUUACUUAUUGUAAUGUUAAUGCUUUUACUGAAUGUUUUUUAGCUAUUCAAUAUCAAACCUAUAUCAAAUUGAUAAAAUAUAAGCAUUUCUUAUACAAUAUCUGAGUCUUCAAACUGCAGCUGCAGGAAAUUAAGUAAAAUUUCAUUAGUAUAAAUAUGGUAUAAGGAAAGUCAUUUCAGAUUGGAUAUAUGCUGGUCAAAAUUUCAGAUUUAAAGUUGAUGACUUCGAGCUCAUUGUUGAGUAACUUCAAGCUACUGAUUUACCACCACAUCGUAAGAAUCAGUGUCAAUUAUUGCCAUAUGAGGCAGUGAUAGAAUGAUGAAUUGUUUACGAAUUGAAUGUGAUAGAAUGAAAGUAUAUAAUAAACUAACAAAUGUCUGGGCUAAUUUAACAGCAAUAAUCAGAAUUGUUUAGCUAAAUCAGCUUUUAGAACAUAUACCUCUUCACUUGUUAUCAUUUGUUACUCGGCUAUCAUAUAACGGCACAAUAAAAUAAAAUGCCAAAUAUCACAGAGAAAGGAUAAUAAGUUUAACACUGUCUUCAGUCCAACCUGUGUCUAAAGACUCCCUGUGAACAGAAGACACCUGGCUUCAGAGACCAAAGUUUAAUUUCUAAUUAUAACUUUUAGCAGCAUACUUUAACAUCUGAUAAAGACAUGCUGCAAAUAAAGACUACAAUCUGAUUCUUCGGAUAGGUCUGACUGUAUAAAACUUUUACUGUAUAUUAGUUGCCAUGGUUACUUGUAAUUAAAAAGUAUUUCCUGGAAAAGAUACCAGUAGAUAUAAUUGAGAUGAGAUGGAAAUAAUAGAAAUGAUUUUUAAAGAAGUUAUUUACACAGGUGUUUGAAACAUGUAAUUGGCUUUUAAUCAUGUAUGGUAAAAAUGAUAAUUAACAGAUAAUAUUGAAUCUUUUGUUGACGUUUUUAAUCAAGAUGGUCAUUCAUUUGUUGACAUAUAUAGAUGUGCUGCAUUAUUGUUUUGUUUUAUACACCAAAAUAAAAUACUUUUAUCUUAAGAA